AUGACUUCUUUUAUCACAUUUGCACUUCUCUUCUUUCUCUUUUCACUCAAUCCAACAUCGUCAUCACCGGCCAAACGCAACAGCUACGUUCAAAACGCAUGUAGCGUUACACACUACCAAGAUCUCUGCGUUCAAACGCUGUCGCCGUUUUCAUCGGUCGCCAAGAACAGUCCCAGUAAAUGGGCUCGUGCCGGUGUUUCCGUGGCCAUAUCCGACAACAAGGACCUCCUUAGAUACCUUCUCAAAACGAGGCGUUCGGCGUUUGGGAAACGCGACCGCGUCGCCUUGUCGGAUUGCCGAGAGUUGCUCCAAGACUCUCUUGAUAACCUCCACAAGUCGUUAGCCGUUCUCCGGAGCCUCAGAGCCAGCGAGUUUCAGCGACAGAUGAGUGAUCUUGGCACUUGGCUUAGCACCGCCCUCACUGAUAAGGACACGUGUCUUGAUGGGUUUGAAAAUACGUCGACAAAGUCUUCAACGGUCAGGAAGCUGCAGGAGAAAGUCACGACGUCUAUGUAUUUGUCCAGCAAUUCCCUCGCCCUCCUCAACAAGCUAGUGGCUAAUGGUUUGUAA